AUGUUUUCGUUGAAGGGGAAAAAAGCAAAGACAAAAGGUGGCGCCAAGGCCAAGAAGCUGUGGGACAGCGACGAUAGUGGUGAUGAGGGCCGUGGGGACUUUGCCGCCGAGAUGGAGCGUAAACGCCGCCGAGUCGCUGCUCUCGCCAAUGACCAGCUGCUGGCCACCAUUGAUGACGUCGACACCAACCAAAAUGCCACCACUGCUAAAGCCGCUGACGAAAGCAACAAAAGUGGUCAGGCGGGCAAAAGCCGCUACCUCAGUGGGUUGAUGGAAGCGCUGAAACGACGCGAGCAGGCUCAGGCGCAAUUGAAACACCAGCGCCUCGCUCAACGAGCAGAAGCAGGAGCCAUUGUGUACACCACCACCACUGACGAAAACACUGAGGGUAGUGGUGGUCAAUUAGCGUCGAAGCUUUCGUCUCAAGACAUCGAGCGGUACCGCCAGCGGUACUGGGCACGCCACCCGGAGCGAGUGAGAUUUAUUAGUGACGAAGUCACCACUUGA